CCAGAAAAAUAGACAUUCUUUCGCGAAUAUCCGCCUUUCUUGCGUGUACAUCUUGCACAGCACAGAUGAACAGUUCCUUUUUCUCGAACAAAAAAUAAUAAUAAUAAGAAAAUUAGAAGCCCGGGAAUUUCUGAUUUUGCUUUAUCACGAGGUUCUUUAGUUGUGAGAUUCUCAAAGUCUAUCUGGGUUAUGGUCCCUUGAUCAAAAUCAAUUUGUGGUGUAGAGGCUACCUGAAACCAAGUAGUGUUAUGAUCUUGGGCUACUAAUCGUGCAUUCUGAUCCACUAGUUUCAAUCUGGCAAUGGCUCAUGCUGGUUAUUUGCAAUUGUCCCAUGAAUUGGGACUUUGCGGGAAUCAGAGGUGCAAUAAACAAUACAAGAGUGUAAUAGGGAGGGGCAAGCUACAUUUGUUAAGUGCUACUCUUUCAUCACGCGUGUCGUUUCAGCGACGGGAAUCUUGGAGCUUUUGCCUUUUGGACACUGCAUACAGGCCAAUACAUUCUUUACCUAGCAGAUGCAAUGCUUUUAAAUGCCGUUCUUUUCUAAGACCAGGCCAACCAUUUGAAUUCUCUAGUACGAAGACUGUUGCCAUGGCAUUGACGAGGUCAUAUAAUUUCUUAGAAGGUAGUCCUCUUGCACUUAAGUUGGUUCCAGCAGUUGGUAUUAUUAUUUUUGCUGUAUGGGGUAUUGGGCCACUUUUGCGUCAGAGCAGAAAUAUACUUCUUCAUAAGAAUGAUAAUAGUUGGAAAAAGAGUAGAACUUAUUAUGUCAUGACCUCGUAUCUUCAGCCUUUGCUGCUAUGGACGGGAGCAGCACUAAUUUGCAGAACACUGGAUCCAGUAGUUCUACCUACAGAAGCUAGCCAGGUUGUUAAGCAACGUCUUUUGAAUUUUGUGAGAUCAUUGUCGACUGUACUGGCCUUCGCCUAUUGUUUAUCAAGCGUGAUUCAACAAGCACAGAAAUUCUUCAUUGAGAUUAAUGACUCUAGUGACACUAGAAAUAUGGGAUUCCAAUUUGCAGGAAAAGCUGUGUACUCUGCAGUAUGGGUUGCAGCUAUCUCAUUGUUCAUGGAGUUGCUGGGUUUCUCUACCCAGAAAUGGUUGACUGCCGGAGGUCUUGGGACUGUCUUGUUGACUCUUGCCGGUCGUGAGAUAUUCACAAAUUUCCUUUCAAGUGCUAUGAUUCAUGCAACUCGGCCUUUUGUUCUGAACGAAUGGAUUCAAACUAAGAUUGAAGGCUAUGAAGUUUCUGGUACUGUUGAGCAUGUGGGUUGGUGGUCACCAACAAUUGUGAGAGGUGAAGAUCGUGAAGCAGUUCACAUUCCGAACCAUAAGUUCACAGUGAAUGUUGUGAGAAAUCUCAGUCAAAAAUCUCAUUGGCGUAUCAAAACACACCUAGCCAUUAGUCACUUGGACGUCAAUAAGAUCAAUAGUAUUGUCGCUGACAUGCGCAAAGUCUUGGCAAAGAAUCCACAAGUUGAGCAACAGAGGUUGCACAGAAGAGUGUUUCUGGAAGAUGUUAAUCCUGAAAACCAGGCUCUUUUGAUAUUGAUAUCAUGUUUCGUGAAGACUUCACAUUUUGAAGAGUAUCUAUGUGUUAAGGAAGCUAUAUUGUUAGAUCUUCUUAGAGUCAUCAGCCAUCACCGGGCUAGACUUGCCACACCAAUCCGUACAGUGCAGAAAAUAUAUGGUGAUACCGACUUGGAAAAUGUACCAUUUGCAGAUACAAUAUUUAGCCAUGGUGGAGUGGCAUCAAACCGCCCAUUGUUAAUGAUCGAACCCCCUAACAGAAUUAAUGGAGAAGAUAAAACAAAAAAUCGUUCAGUGCGUGCAACUGCAGAACAAGACAGUAAGACUGGUGCACGACCUACACCUGACACCAAGGGUGAUGCUAAGGUUGGAGCAGCAUCAGCUCUUGGCCACAAGGCCAAGGAUACACCAACUUCUGACAUCAAGGCAGAUAAUAAGAUUGGAGAGACACCAAAUCCUGACCCCAAGGCAGAGCUCAAGUCUGCAGCAGCAUCUGUGUCAGAUCCAAAGGGGUGUGAAAAUGCAACAACGAAACCGACAUCUAAACCUGUCUAUAAGACAAAUUCUAAGGGUGCAGAAAUGCCUUUCUCUGACCCCAAAGGGAUGGGUUCAGCAUCUGAUAAUUCAACCCAAAAGGUCUCUGAUGGUAAGCAACCUAAGAGUGCAAGUUUGGGGAAUGUUAUGCAGAAGUCUACCAGUCCAUCAGUUUCCUCAUCAGAAAGUAGUGUUGACAAAGCAGGUGCAUUACCAAUAACUCAAUCUAGACAGGAAGGUGAAAGGAUGCCGACACCGGUUGCGCAGCCCCCAGCAUCAAGGCCUAUCUUGGAAGAUAAUAUAGUACUUGGUGUAGCUUUGGAGGGCUCAAAAAGAACACUUCCUAUUGAUGAGGGAAUGGUUACCCCGCCAAGUCAUGCAGAAGGAAAGGAAAUGGCUGCAAGCCGGAAUGGGUCUCCUACUUCUGAGAAGGAUAAGAAAGAUGGUCAGGUCCCAACUGGUCCAAGUUCAACGUCUGGCAAUCAGUGAGAUCAAUUAGGUUGAUCGAUGAAGAUGUCUUAGUUCUUGCUCCUGCUCUUGCUAACUCUCCGGAAUUACACCAUCAAGGCUGUGUUUUUUCAAGCUGAUUUAUACACUGUACAUCCUCUUUUCUUUUUUCUUCACGAUUCUUGUCAUCAUAAAUUGCGGCAUCCGGCUUUGAAAAUUUAGCUACACAUUAAACAGAAAUCUACGGUUCUGUCAAGAUAUGAAUGGUCUUGGCAAUCAAACUGAUCAACUUUCUGACUCCAAGCUGUUCCUGUUUUGCUUAUAGAAAUUAGAAAGAUGACUAUACAAAAGUUGUACAUUUUUUUAAA